UGCAGCUCCCCGCGCAAACAUUGUCCUCCUCAGAAGAGAGCUACUUCAAGGAUUUCAUGAUGGACCUUUUCGAACUCUUCAGCACAGAUAGGAAGCUUCUUGAGGCCUGCGGCAGUCCUAUCAUCCACCAGUCGUGUCUCAGUCUCAAUACGGAGAGGAUAUAUGAGACAUUUGCAGAAAUUUUGGAGAAAGAAGAGGUUGCUCGUCUUUUGUGGUCCCUAAUGCAAUGUUACCUGACUGCUAUUAUACAGGAUCUGGAGUUUGCAAGCGAACGUGCAGAUGCUGAAUAUGAUCCUGAUCACUUUGCCUGAACAGUUCCGAAAACGGCUGAAGGGCCUUGAGACAAGGCAAGAUGGUCAGGCGCUGUUCACCACGCUUUACAGGUCAUGGUGUCAUAAUGCGAUUGCAGUGUUUUCGUUGUGCAUGCUUGCGCAGGAUUACGAGCAUGCAUCAAAUUUACUAUCUGCCGGCGCUGAUUUGGAGAUCACCGUUCCACUGCUGAUCCAAGUCGACAAAUUAGUGCAGCUGAUCAAAUCUCCCGUAUUCACUUACCUACACCUUCAACUCCUCGAGCCUGAGCGUUACCCCUACUUGUUCAAGUGUCUAUAUGGGUUGCUCAUGCUACUCCCCCAAUCCACCUCUUUCGUCUCACUCCAUAGCCGUCUCAACGGAGUCAACUCUGCCGGCUUCCUCCACAUUGCCCCAAAAGCGUGAGUUGACCCACUCUCAUUUCAUCAUGUGCUAUUGUUAACCA